ACAGAUUCGACAUGUCAUCGUCCGGUAAAGACAACAGUGGUGCCCAACAUGCCAAUUAUGUGGGACCUUACCGUUUGGAGAAGACGCUCGGGAAAGGACAGACAGGUUUGGUCAAGCUCGGAGUCCACUGUGUAACAUGCCAGAAAGUUGCCAUAAAGAUCGUCAACCGGGAGAAACUCAGUGAGUCAGUACUAAUGAAGGUGGAGCGAGAAAUAGCUAUUCUGAAGCUCAUAGAGCACCCGCAUGUUUUAAAGCUACAUGAUGUCUACGAAAAUAAAAAAUACUUGUACCUUGUACUAGAACAUGUGUCUGGUGGUGAGCUGUUUGACUACUUGGUGAAGAAAGGCAGGUUAACACCUAAAGAGGCCAGAAAAUUCUUCAGACAGAUCAUGUCUGCCCUGGAUUUUUGCCACAGUCAUUCCAUAUGCCACAGGGAUCUGAAGCCUGAGAACCUGUUGCUAGAUGAAAAGAACAACAUCAGGAUAGCAGACUUCGGCAUGGCCUCCCUUCAGGUUGGAGACAGUCUGCUUGAAACCAGCUGUGGAUCUCCACACUACGCUUGUCCAGAGGUCAUCAGGGGAGAGAAGUAUGACGGGAGGAAAGCAGACGUCUGGAGCUGUGGGGUCAUUCUUUUUGCUCUGUUGGUGGGUGCCCUGCCGUUUGAUGAUGACAACCUGAGGAAUCUGUUAGAGAAGGUGAAGUUGGGAGUGUUUCACAUGCCACACUUCAUUCCUCCAGACUGUCAGAACCUUCUCCGUGGCAUGAUUGAAGUGGAUGCCUCAAAAAGACUAACGUUAGAACUGAUCCAGAAGCACACAUGGUACAUAGGGGGGAAGAAUGAACCAGAGCCAGAGCAGCCCGUGCCCAGGAAAGUGACCAUCCGCAGUCUACCCUCCGCAGACGACAUCGACCCAGACGUACUGGACAGCAUGCACUCCCUGGGCUGCUUCAGAGACAAAAACAAACUACUGAAAGACCUGCUGUCAGAUGAUGACAACCAAGAAAAGAUGAUCUACUUCCUGUUACUAGACCGUAAGGAAAGGUACCCCAGUCAGGAGGACCAGAACCUUCCCCCUCGCAAUGAGAUUGAUCCCCCAAAGAAGCGGGUAGACUCUCCCAUGUUGAACCGUCAUGGCAAGAGGAGACCGGAGAGGAAGUCCAUGGAGGUCCUCAGUGUCACAGACGGAGGCUCACCUGUACCGGCAAGGAGGGCUAUCGACAUGACGCAGCAUGGACAAAGGUACACAUGGAGGUCGCGGUCUAUUAGUGGAGCCUCCUCUGGCCUCUCCACCAGCCCCCUCAGUAGCCCACGGGUUACCCCUCACCCCUCCCCUCGAGGCAGCCCCCUCCCCACCCCAAAGGGCACUCCGGUGCACACUCCCAAGGACAGCCCAGCCGGAACCCCGAACCCAACGCCGCCCCCAAGCCCUUCCAUCGGAGGCAUGCCUUGGAGGACGCGUCUCAACUCCAUCAAGAACAGCUUCCUCGGAUCACCUCGCUUCCACCGCAGGAAACUCCAAGUUCCCACGCAAGAGGAGAUGUCCAGCCUCACACCAGAGUCUUCUCCAGAACUUGCCAAAAAAUCCUGGUUUGGUAACUUCAUCAACCUGGAGAAAGAGGAGCAGAUCUUCAUUGUCAUCAAAGACAAGCCUCUCAGCUCCAUCAAGGCAGACAUCGUUCAAGCCUUUCUCUCGAUCCCCAGCCUGAGCCACAGUGUGAUCUCUCAGACAAGUUUCAGAGCAGAGUACAAGUCCACAGCGGGCCCUACAGUCUUCCAGAAGCCAGUCAAAUUCCAGGUGGAUAUUACCUACACAGAGAGCACAGCUGCCACCAAGGAGAACGGCAUCUACUCUGUCACCUUCACCCUGCUCUCAGGACCCAGCCGGCGCUUCAAGCGAGUAGUGGAGACGAUUCAGAGCCAGUUGUUAAGCACACAUGACCAGCCUGGGGUCCAACAGCUUUCUGACGAGAAGAACGGACAGGUGCCGUACCCUACUGGCACACCAUCCAAGCGCUGCCCCUCGCCCAUGCACGUCCGGAGGCACGAGCCAGAAAAUAAUGACACCAAAUGCCCCGCUGCGGGCCGAGACAGAGCCAAGUUGUCGCUGGCGUCUGUGGGGACUCAGGAGGAGUCUUAGGCUGAGACGCUGUGUAGUCAAGCCAGUGCUAAAACCUAUCCCAGUAUCACUAUAAGCCAGUGGCACAGAGAAUAUUCUCUCUGUACAUAGUUAGAUGUAUAUAAUAAAUUAUGGACAUGUUUUGUAUAAAAUGACUUUAUAUAGAUAGAAAUAGAUUGAGAGAAUCAAAAUGAUAUUUUACAAAAAUGCAUAUUGCACCUACACACUUCUGUCCUUCCAUUCCCCUUUUCAUAACCCCUCAGUGUUCACCAUCAUAAGCCACCCCUCUACCCCAACCAUCUAAUCGCUUGUGGCCCUUGCUCUGUUUUUUGCUCCCUUUGCUGUUAACCUGUGUGAUGACCUGACUUGUUUCUGAUACCAGGAAUUAUCCAGAAAACCUAUUAAGUCCCUCCUCCUGCUCCCUGCUCCGUUCGCCCUCCCUCGACCACCCGGCCCCCACCCCCGAGCGUGCCGAGAGAGACGGACAUUUGUUGACGGAGGACUGCUUUUAGAGGUGCGCUGAGAGAGGGGAUGGGGGUGGGGUGGUUACCAUGGGAACAGACCCUUCAUGCAGACUUCUACCUUCAUCUCCCUGUGUGACCCUUCUUCACCUCUGGCAGCCAUCAGUAGAAGUAAAUGAAAAAUAACUUUAGCGUUUUCCAUCUUAGAAACACAAAAACACACACGUGCACAACUAAUCCAAACAAAUCCCAUUGAAACAAGAAUGCACACUGCCCUCACCAACUGGCCCCUUUUCUUUCUUCGAGCUCAAGGAGCAUUCAUCAAUUAGAAACGAGCGUUUUACAAAAAGACACCGCAUACACAAAACAUAUACACGCACAGGUCCAGUAUGCGAAGAAAACUCUGGGAUGUAUUAACAAGAACAUGAACAACAACAACAACAACAACAACAACAACAAAAAGAAGACAUGCAGAAACACUGACUGAUUCAGAGGAGGAGAGAAGGUGGAGGAGUUUUGUGGAAAGCCCAAAUAGCCGACGUGGACGCUUGCUGGAUUGUAUUUGUUUGCUUUUUAAUGUACUUUCUUAGUGAAGAACUGGGUUUAAAACACUAACAGACUUUAUUAGACUUGAUACUAUUGCUGCAAAUGGACUGGAAUAGUGAUUUCAGAGAGGAGUGGGGUGUGAG